GACCACUAGCUUGGUAGGCUCAAUUCUGUCCUUAACCUCACAUCUUCACCUAUAAACAUAUCUCCCUAUCCUCCUACCUUUUGCCCACCAAGAAAUGGCUUCCAAGAGGACUUCCCCUGCUCUACUCCCUCUUCUUAUUCUCUUCAACAUCCUCUUCUUCACUUGCGUCUCCUCCUGUGACCCGUGUACCCCGAAGAAGCCAAGUCCUUCCCCUCCUCUCGCACCUGCCCCAAAGAAAACCGAGAAGUGCUCCAAAGACACCCUAAAGUUCGGGGUGUGUGGGGCCUGGUUAGGACUGAUCAAGGAGAAUGUUGGGGCGAAGCCAAGCGAGGAAUGUUGCACUGUCAUCGCUGGGGUCGCGGACCUCGAGGCUGCCCUCUGCCUUUGCACCGCAAUCAAGGCAAAUGUGCUUGGGCUUGUCAAGGUGGAAGUGCCGGUCGCCAUCAGUUUGCUUGUCAAUGCUUGUGGGAAGAAGGUCCCCGAGGGAUUCGUUUGUGUAUGAAAUUCAAACUAGUUCUUGUGUGUACCAUUUUUUGAGUUGUAAUGGAAAAUAGAUGUAACCAGUAAUCUUGAUCUCAAUCAAAUGAAAUAAAUGUCAUCAUAUGAGAAAA